UCUUAGUUGGGAGGUGGUGGGGUUGGGUCAGCCAGCUCACAAGUCCAGAGGCAGAAUGGCAUCUACAGCCACCAUCGACCCAGUGAUGGCCCUUAUGGGAUGGCAUGGCGAACCCUUAUUGCUACGUCGGUUGAAGUACCAUGUAGCCGAAUCUGCCUUGGAAAUCACAGCCAUCAUAGUUUGCAUGUACCUCUCUGACAAGUCGCUGCAGCCCAAGGGACUGUUUAUUCGACUGUUGUGCUUGCCAAUGGCCGUGGCAUCAUUGAAAUUGUUUUGGUCAUUGCAGCUGACGUGGAGCUACCUGAGGAUGAAGAGCGCAGAUGCUUCCACCAUGCUGCGACGGAUGGGGUGUUUGCACACUCGCAGCCACUGGUCUUGUUCUGUGGCCAUGUUUACCUGCUUUAGCUGCUUGCUGAUGGUCUGGCAUGCCAUCGUGCUGUUGCUCAUGUUUUGCUAUGACUACACCCCCGAACAGGUUUUUGCAGUGCGCUGCUUGAUGGGCUCUUCGGGGCUCUUUGUGGUGCUGAAUUGGAUCUUUUGGCGUGACUUUGUCCGUCACUACCGCGAGACUCAAGAAGACGAGGGGUUAGAUUUCGUAGACCUCUACAAGCUUCAGCUGCUGUGCAAGAUGUACCAAUCAAAGGUAAUUCGCUCCCGGAAAGCGCGGGACGUUCAAGGGGAUGCUUCGGCCCCUUUGUCUUGCACAAUUUGUUUGGAAGAAUUUGGUGCCGCAGAGAAUGUGUCGCAAUUACCUUGUGGUCACUGCUUCCACACUGCCUGCAUCAACAAGUGGGUGUUGGAGGACUGGCGCUGUCCCUUCCGCUGCCCCUUGGAAGUGCCAAGGAGCAUGAAAGCUCAGCAGGCUUGGCCUCCACAGGAAGCAGCUCGUGAUGUGGACUUGGAGGCAGCAGAUGCAGCUGCCCCAGACGCUCCACCCAGCGAAACGGCUCCCAGGGACGGACGUGUUUGACCCCUACCAGUACCAAUGCCACGCCAGAGCCUUUGUACAGCAGCUCGGCCGUAGGGCUGCAGCGAUUUCGAGGAAGUAAUUCAAAAUGGCCCCAACCUGCUGAUUAGUUGACAACCUCACAUGGUUUCCU